GCAACACGGUGCAAGGUAUAAAGUGCGUCACCAACGUAACUAAUUGACGUCCUUGUCAAAGCCUAAAACUACAGCUAGUGUGCUAUGAUUAUUUGUUUAUGACGCUGUGGCUGUCCACUUGGAAGGGUAACCAGGAGAAGGCUAUUCAGUUGAGAGACAUAUGAGGCAUAUUGAAGAUCUGUCAAACACAAAGUUUAAAGAAGAUAGCGGCUACAGAUAAAACUACAGUACAGUGAAGCAAAUGAAUUACAGUUCUGUGCAGCUGUAUGAUUAAGUUGGCUAAUGUCAAAAUCCUGAGAUAAACAUUAGACAGCUUAUUAAAGAAGGAUAGACACAGUUUGGUUAAGAAAGGUGUACUGUAUAAGGUGUGCCUUUCAUUUAUCAAAAUACAGUAUGGUGAAAAUAUUAAAACUUGAUAUAAGAUCCAGUUACUAUUUAGAUAUUGUACUGUACUGCACUGUACUGUACUAUACUGUACUGCACUGUAAACUAAAAUUAGAUAGUGUAUAUAUACAUAUAUGGUGUUGAGACGGAGAAAUGUCAGCAAAUAACAUGAAGUGCUUUCAUUGUCCGGACUGCAGUAAGGAGUUUAGUAAAGAGAGUGUUUUGAUCAAACACUUUAAAGUGCACAGUUCGGGGAAGUCGUAUAAAUGUAGUGUGUGUUACAAUAAAUAUUCCAGCAAGAGACAAUAUAAUGAACACCAGAAGUUACACUCAGACAAGGAAUAUAGCGCUUGUAGUAUCUGUCAAAAACAAAUGAUCAGAACUUCUUUUCUUAGAAAAUUUUGUGAUGAGUGUAAUUUGAAACCUAAGAAAUAUUUAUGUGAAACUUGUGGAAAAGCAUAUGACUCUCAGAUGGGUGUGAGGAGUCACUUGCAGAGAAGAAGUCAUUCUAUGUUCUAUCAGUGUUUUAGGUGUGGCCUAAUAUACCAGUCAAAUACUGCAUUAUUUGUUCACAUGAGUCAACAUCCUGACUUUGUGAUAAAAAUAGUUAGAACUUCCCAGGAAAUUUUUCGUGAACAUGAUAUCUCAAAAUCAAGUAAUAUGGAGAGCUAUAACUUGUCAACAUCUCAACAAAGUCUGAGAAAACCAUUUAUGAAAGUAUCCCAAGGAAAGGAAGAUGGUGGAGGAAAAUAUGCCAAACAUACUUCAACAUCUGCAUACACAAGUGAAGCGGUAAGUGUGAAACGACGUAAGAGGCUACCGAGCACCAGAGAAUCAGAGAACAGUUUGGCCGCACAAUAUACAAACAUGCAACAGGGUCUUCUGGUGUUUGAUGAUAAUUUUCUGGCACAGUAUGGAAGGUUGGGCCAAGACAGAUCAGUUACAGAAGACAUGAACAUGCAACUUGGUAUUCCUGGGAUGAAUGAUGUGAUGCUACCUGACGGAGUGUUAGGGCUACAUGAUGUGAAUCAGGGUAAUAUAGUUAAUCAGCAAAGCAUCAUUCCACACCAUAUUGUUCUACCACAACAAGAUGGCAACACACACUAUCAAGUUGCAGAAGAAGCACAACAAAAUAUGAUGAUCAGAAGCGUGACACAAGAUGGGAUAUCAAUAUGUGAUAAGCCUUUGUCAGAAGAUAAUAGGGUGGUAAAUAAUUCACUUCUCACAAGGACUGGACUUGGGCUGGACGAUGCAAGACUUCAUGAUGCGAAUGGAACACAGGAUAAUUCAUUAAGUUUUGUUGGUGAUAAAUACCAAUACAGAAAUUUGGAACAAAGGCUUACGAUGACACACGGUGGAGCCACAGCCUAUGAUAACAUGAGACCACUAGGUUCCUCAGUGUCACAAGAGUGUAAAGUAACUACCUUGAGGCAACAUCAGAAACAGCAUAGUAGUAUAGAUGCAGAACUUGGAAUAGUAAAUCAAGAAGAGCGCUUGAUAUAUGAAAAAAUGUUUGGAGGCGAAGGAACUGUGGAGCAGAAUGGUGAACUUGGACAAGUGGUCAGACACAACAUGGUCAAAGCUGCAAUUAAAGAGCAGAAGAAAGUAACACUGCAACAUAGAUGGGCAUCUGAUUACUGUGAUGUUUUGUCAAGAGGGGUGCUUGUUGAGGAUGAACAAUCACUACAUAAAAUGCAAUUAUCUAAUCCAGAAGCAGUUCAAGAUAAAGAUCCACAAAAAUAUAGCUCAUUGAACUGUGAAAAGAGCAGCAUAUUAGAUGACUUGAGAAUGCACAGUAGUAUGAAAAGAGUCAGUGGAACAAAGAAUAUUAUUGAUAUGUGGAAUGAGAGGAAAAUGGUAGAGGAAAACUGUAUACAAAACAGAGGCAUGAAGCGCGGAAGUGGAGUGCAGCUGCAAAAUGAAACCACACCACAGGAGGAGUUCAUGCCUAACUACCGCGAUAGAAUACAUCAACCCGUGGUGCAGAGUAAAGAUGAUAACCACGGUAGACAGAUCCUCAAUGAUAUAUUACAAACCAGCGAGGUACGUCAACAAAUUGAAACACAGUCAUUGUUAUCAGUUACUGACAUGAAGAAUGAAACUACAGUUAUGAACAUACUGUGGCUAGAGCAUAAAAAGAGGCAGAACAGAGCUAAGGAUAUUGAGAAUAAAGAAAAAACUAAAAAUUUGUGUAGCUUAAAAAAGGAAGAAGAGAGCAGAUUAAGCUUAAGUUUAUCUCAGGAAACGUGUGACUCUCAUCAGUGUCAGGUUCAUGGUGAUGCUCAUGAUAGGGAAGCACUCUGUCCUAAUAAGAGAGAUUUAGCUUUUAGUUUAAAUGAGGGAAACUUAUGGAAUCGUUUUGAUGAAAAUUGCACUAAUGUUCCUGUACAAAAUUCCAUUGUGACAGGCGGUGUUAAUGUUGAAGAUUAUAUUAACCAUCUCAUGUGGCACUAAAACUUAUACGCUGUUUAUUUUAUUUUUACCCGUAUCCAUAAUAUUCCGUGAUUCCUCCCGUAAGAAGAUAAAUAAGUACUGUACUGUACAGGGGGAUAUAGGAUUAGGAUAACAAGUAACUUUUGAAUCUCCACUGGGGCAGAUGUGUCGCUCAAAGGAAUAAUCAUUAAAUGGGCCUCCCCUCAACUUGCAGAACUUAUCCAUUACAGUUCAGGGGUCAUCUGUCGUUUGCAAGUUUUUUUUUUUUUAAGUGCAGCAGGUUGACCAAGGCAAAUUAAUUAAACACUGCAGUAAAUACAACCACUCCCUUGACCAUGACUUAAAUGUCACAUGUACAAUCAUCGUCCUCAACACUUCUCUAAGUUUAAAUUCUUCUUGUGACCACCUGUAACAUGUAACAUUUUGGAACACUUCUCAAGGAACAUUGUUAAAACAUUACAGUAGUUACUCUGUUUCAGGACAGUUUUUAUACUGUACUGUACUGUAUCCACCUAAUACUCUUUUUGGGAGACAUAAUGCUAAGAAGGAAUGUUAAUGAAAUACUGUAGCUGUAAUGCAAGUGAAGCGAGAGUGUGAGUUACAUUAGUAGACUGCAUCAGGCUCUUAAGAAGUCAUGUAGUCCUCAGCAUUAAGGAGAAACAAACAAAUGGACUUGACUAAAAAAACAGGAGUUACAUUACCUUUAGUAAAUCACUUUCUUAUUUCCAUUCGCUCUAUUAGUAUGUUUAUAAAAGUCUUGGUCAAAUAGAGCCCUCUUCCGUCCUCCCUCACCAACAAGAUGAGGAAAGUCAAACCUGCAUUAUGUAUUAUAGUAUAAACACAAUUAAUUUGAAAUAAAGACGCUUAAUUAUAAAUAAAUUAUACAUAAACUUACUUAAAGGAGGAACAUUUAAAACUUUAUCUCAAAUCAAAAUUGGUGCUUCAUUAAAUCUAAGCACAUCAUACCAUUCAGUUGUUUUACUCAAUGGCUACUUUUUCUAAUACAGUGCAGAAGUGAGAAGCUUACAUGCCUGGAGUUGCCAGUUAUAACUAAGGUCUUUCAAGUAAGCACUAUGAUUAGGAGGAACAUUACCUCAAAUUUACUUUACUUUGUCCAAUUUACUUUAUGCCACUGAUCUGCUUAUUAGCCAUUAGGGUGGUCGGUCACGUCUCUGUUCCACACUGUUGCCGGGUGUGUAUGGACUCGUGAAUAUAAAUUUACCACUAGAUUGGGUAUUAUUAAAAUCCAUAUAAAACACUUAAUUGGUCUAAUUAUGCAAAUUCAAUGCAAGUUUACUAAAUCCCCCGUGAAGAAGGAUUGAGAGAUUUAACAAACUGUAGUGUACUGCUAUCACUAAUUUAUAUUCAAAUCUCCUCAGACAUAGACUCCCCACACACUCUGGUCGUCUUAUAAGCACUUCGCAGUCAUGGACACACCUAAUUUAAAUCUUCUGUAUACAGCAUAUUUUGACUUCUGGCACUAAAUAUUUUUUGGGUUAUAUCCUUACAAUUUGCUUCCAUCCCCACGAAAAAAUAAUUGAGCUUCAAUCACGAAUGACAGAAAAAGUGGUACACCGAUUGAUACAUUCACCUUGAUUACUUUAUGAAUUCACUGCCCAAUUUCUGUCAUUCAACAAACAAAAGCCUGAAAGUCAACACACUGUGACAGAGACACGACCCCACACACCCGACUUGUCUUAAAUCACAUUACAGCUUAUCGGCUACCUAGUGGGAGACACAUUAAUGCCCGGAGUUAUCACCCUCCCUGUCAAGCACUAUACAUUCAGGGCCGGAUUCAGGAGUGGGCAAAGUGGGCAGCUGCCCAGGGGCCUCCACAUAUUACAAUAUUUUAUU